UACAGUCUGGAGCCAUGAAGAGCCUUAAAAGUAAUCAACAAGAUCUUAAAGUCAGUGCUGAAACCAGCAGGGAGCCGAUGUAAAGAGGCUGAACCAGGUGUGAUGUGGUCGCACCUCUCGGUCCUGAGUCCUGUAAGAGGUCGCGAGACAAAAAGCCUCACACAAGUUUUUUAAACACUUUUUUAUUUUUUAUUUUAAGCGUUUCCCUUCAGCCGUAUUUUGUGCAGGUAUUGUUUCCCAGCAGCAGUUCAUAGAUGUCAGUGUGUACACGUGCCUCCGAAAGGACCCGUCAAAUACAGCUCACCUGUGUCAGCGUCAGUGCGCAGGCGCAGGAGCCCUUCAACAACCUGCCAAACUCCUGCAGCUACAGGUGGGUCAGAACCGAAACCGGGUCACGUGUUACUUCACAGCGCGAGGACGUCACUGGUUUCCUGAGGAAUAAAGUUUCAUUGAGGCGUGUGUGUGGUCAUCAGUCUCAGCAGGUAGGUGUGUGUGUGUGUGUGUGUGUGUUGGGACGCUAUAUCUCGUGAACGCGCCUCGCGGUCUUUUUGUCAUUCAGCGGAGCAGAGCGCGCGGAGAAGCAGGUCCUCCAGACACUCCAAUCUGAGCAUGUUGACCUGAUCCAAAAUGGACAACCCAACCAACAACAGCGUGGCUCUACUGGACUACUUCCUGGCCAGUGACGGCCUGGACUACGAGAUUCCUCUGGACGAGAUCCCGAACACCACGCAGGGCCAGGCCUUCUUCGUGGCCACCAUUGUCAUUGCCGUGGUCCUGGUGGGCAUCAUGUUGGUCUGCGGAGUGGGAAACUGUCUGUUCAUCGCCGGCCUCGCCCGCUACAAGCAGCUCCGCAACCUGACCAACCUGCUGAUCGCCAACCUGGCCGUGUCGGACGUGCUGGUGGCGGCGGUGUGCUGUCCCUUCCUACUGGACUACUACGUGGUGAAGCAGCUGUCCUGGGAUCACGGCCUGCUACUCUGCGCUUCCACCAACUACCUGCGCACCGUGUCUCUCUACGUGUCCACCAACGCGCUGCUGGCCAUCGCCGUGGACAGGUACAUGGCUAUCGUCUACCCUCUGAGGCCUCGUAUGAAGCACCAGACGGCGUACUACGUGAUCCUGACAGUUUGGAUUGUCCCCAUCUUCAUCUCCAUCCCCUCUGCCUACAUGGCCUCUGAGACGACAUACCCACAUGUGGAAGGUCACAGCUACAAGACCUUCUGUGCUCAGAUCUGGCCUGUGGACCAGCAGGUUUACUACCGCUCCUACUUCCUCCUCAUCUUCGCUCUGGAGUUCAUUGGCCCGGUGACUGUCAUGGCUGUCUGCUACAUCCAGAUCUCCAGGGAGCUGUGGUUUAAGGACGUUCCGGGUUUCCAGACGGAGCAGAUCCGAAAGAGGCUCCGGAAGCGACGGAGGACAGUGGUGGUGCUGAUUCUGGUGCUGGUUGCCUAUGUCCUGUGCUGGGCGCCAUACUAUGGCUUUGCCCUGCUGCGGGACUUUUACCCCACCCUCAUAUCCAGGGAUAGGAACUCCCUGGUGGCCUUCUACAUCAUCGAGUGCAUCGCCAUGAGCAACGGGGUCAUCAACACCCUCUGCUUUAUGAGUGUCCGAAACAACAACAAGCGCCUGAAGAAGGCUAGCAAGUUCCCGCUGAGGCUUGUGACUUUUGUGGCCACCAAGUCGGUGGAUGAAGGGGAGGCACGGACCUCCUCCCUCCGAGUGACGGAGGAUGUGGAGGGAACUCGGAGGUCAAACAUCUGACAGUUCAAACCGCACACUGGAUCUGCUGCAGCUUCGACGUCUGCAUCAGAGUGGGAAUUUUCAACCCGUAUUACCAGACCAGAGGUGGCAGCCCCUCCAAUAGGCAGCGGACGAAGCAUACAUCGCGUACAGUGAAGAAGAGAACAGUGGGGCCAUGUUUGUAGUUCUGUUUCUGAAAAGCUGGGCACAGUUUGUGCAAAUUCUGGAUUUAUACGUUGGUUUCACCCCGGGCAAAGAUGUUCUCAUCCCUGGCAGACAAACAUCUGAGCUUGGAAGAUGCAAACAGGUAAAAUAAUAAACGUUUGUAUUUCCCCCCAUAAGUUUUGCACUGAGAAGCCUGACCGAGGUCACAUAUCGGGCCACUAGCACACCUGCUACUUUGGCUCAUGCAGCAGUGCAAAGUGCAAAAAGGGCUGAAAGAAGUGGAAUAUUAAUCAGAGGGUGUGGUGGUUAACAAAUACACUCUCAGCCAAUCACAUCACUGGUCUCAUCGCUCUGAAACAGCUGAGCCAAUCACAGUGAAGCAUGACGACAACAGCUCAACAAAUGAAGAAUCGGCCUCUUCAGGAAGUCAUAUUGUUGUCUGGAAGCUGCAGAGCGACACGAUGUGAACACGCAGCCAGAGGCAGCCGCUGGGGGGCUUUUAUUUGAUUUGUACUGUGACGAUCGAAGUAAAUAAUUAAAACGUAUUGAUGAAUGUAUUUGAUCGCAUCAAUCCGAUGCUGUUUCAGUUUUAAUUCUACUCAGAAACGGUCACAUCGUAUCGUAAAAUGUGACACAACAGAGUUGUGCACUGUUUCAAGAAUAAAACAUCAAACACCACUCUCGCUAAAAAAGAAAGUCGGAAAGGAGGUUGUGACACGGGACUGAUGAGCUCCGGUAACGUCUACCGCGUAUACAACAGAUCACCAAGGUGUAACCGACCAGUCGGAUAUGUGUACACGUGUGUGUGGUUAUUUUGUAGAAGCCUGUUGUCAUUUCCAUGUGCUUUAAUGAAGGCAAUCACAGCGUGCCUUCAGGUGUCUGCAGGGAUUUAAUGAAGUGAAGGAGAAUCUUUUCUCACAGUACAAAACAGCUGUGGAGGACAGAUACUGUCAGAAUCACUCAUUCAUUUAUAGAUAAAUGCAGACUGAUUUACUGAUGUUCCUGCGCUAAACGUUCGUUUUUGAUGCAGAUUUAAACAUCUAUUGGCUGGAGAGUGAUUUAGUUUAGUUACACUGUGAUCAUUAAUUCCACAUUGCUGUGUCUAAGACCCAUUUUCCACCAAAAUACCAACAACUCGUACCUUCUGCACUGAGCAAAUUGUUCAGUACAGACGUCCGACCUUCUCUUCAGUUUGUGGUUGAAGGUUUGUUUUGGUGUAUUUCUGCACGUCAGAACAGUCGUGGCGUGUAAACGGGACACAUUUUAAUUAGUCGUCAUGUUAAUGCGUUUCUGCGAGCUGUGAAUCAGACAGAAAAAACUUUUUUAAAGAGAAGAGCGCACAAGAACGGGAAGUUUAAUAAACUGUUAUAUAAACUGAAACCACAUUCUGACUGGAUUCAUGCCUCCAGGAGAGGUUCAGUUAUUUUAAUAAUGAAUGCAUUAAUCAAAGUCUUUAAACCUGCCUGAAGCUCGUGUGUGUGUGAUUUGUCUUCCUUUACACUGGUAUUGAUUAAAGUCCCAAAGGCUUAAUGAUUUUUUGGCGAGGUCGUUGGUCCUUCCCAAAUGUAAUAUUUGUCCUGAGAGAUUUUGCAUGCGAACAAUUUCAUUAACUUCGUGCACAUUUUGAGUUGCGUGUGAUGAAGGUCACGUGACGCACGCAGAGAACAUCCGAGGCUGUGUCCGAAAUCACUGCCUCCAUUACUCAUUCACAGCGCCCUUUAAUAAAAUGUACUCCUUAAUAUCAA